AUGGACGCAAAGAGCCUACUGCAGUUGACCAAAAAGCCAAAUAUAAAAAUCUUCAGCGGCAGCUCCCACCAGGACUUAUCCCAGAAAAUCGCCGACCGAUUGGGCCUGGAGCUGGGCAAGGUGAUGACCAAGAAAUUACGCAACCAGGAAACCUGCGUGGAAAUUGGCGAGAGUGUGCAAGGAGAGGAUGUCUACAUCGUGCAGAGUGGCUGUGGCGAAAUCAAUGAUAAUUUGAUGGAGCUUUUGAUCAUGAUUAAUGCCUGCAAGAUUGCUUCAGCAGGCCGGGUUACCGCAGUUAUCCCGUGCUUCCCAUAUGCCCGGCAGGAUAAGAGAGGCGAGAGCCGAGCCCCCAUCUCCGCCAAACUUGUUGCAGAUAUGUUGUCAACAGCAGGCGCAGAUCAUAUCAUCACGAUGGACCUACAUGCUUCUCAAAUUCAGGGCUUUUUUGAUAUCCCAGUAGACAAUUUGUGUGCAGAACCCGCUGCCCUGAACUGGAUAAAGGAGAGUAUCUCUGAGUGGAGGAGCUGCACGAUCGUCUCCCCAGAUGCUGGUGGGGCUAAGAGAGCGACCUCCAUUGCAGACAGAUUGAAUGUGGACUUUGCCUUGAUUCACAAAGAACGGAAGAAAGCUAGUGAAGUGGACGGAAUGGUACUAGUGGGAGAUGUAAAGUAUCGUGUGGCUAUCCUUGUGGAUGACAUGGCUGACACUUGUGGUACAAUCUGCCAUGCAGCCGACAAACUUCUCUCAGCUGGAGCCACCAGAGUUUAUGCGAUCUUGACUCAUGGAAUCUUUUCUGGCCCAGCCAUUACUCACAUGAACAGUGCAGGCUUUGAAGCAGUCGUAGUCACCAAUACCGUACCUCAGGAGGAUAAGAUGAAGCACUGCUCCAAAAUACAGGUGAUCGACAUCUCCAUGAUUCUUGCAGAAGCCAUCAGAAGAACUCACAGUGGGAAAUCUGUCUCCUACCUGUUCAGCCAUGUCCCAUCAUAA